CGCCCAUAUCCAUGGGGUUGAUAGCCGGUGCCGGAGACAAAAGGCGUGACUUGUAAUGCGCGGAGGAGAGUUUUCCGGCGACCGCUCUCACCGAAAACAAAUGCAGAAGAGAAAGUAGAGAACGUACGAAGUUCGUGCUAGUGCCAGAUAGGGUAAUCUAUUCUAAGCUCAGCUGGGUUCUCCCUACCCGCACCGGACGACGGUCUAUGGCGGUCGACUUGGAAUCGGCUCUUCAAGACGAAGAGGAGGAGGAGGAGGAGGAGCACGCGCUGGACGAAGAUGCGCCGGCUCAUCAUCCCGUCGCACCUCCCGACGAGUCAUUUGAACUCUCAACAACAGUUGAUCCCAGCUACAUAAUUUCCCUCAUACGAAAGCUUCUACCACCCUAUCAGACAUAUAACUCUUGCUCCAGUGGAGUUGAGGGAAACAAUUCCCAGAAGUCUAACUUGGAUCUGAUUGAGGAAAAGCUGGCCCCACCAGAUAGUACGAGAGUGCAAGGUUCAGCAAAAGAGCCUUCUGAAAUAAUGGACAUUAUUGAUGACAACAAGGAAUCUGCCUGUGAAGAAGGAAAAGUUGAUGGAGAGUCAGGUUGCAGAAAUGAAUUGCCCACAGCUUCUGUAGUAGAAGAGGUUUGGGAAGGAAAUGGUUGCAUUCUGUGGGACCUUGCUGCAAGCCAAACUCAUGCAGAACUCAUGGUUGAGAACCUUGUCUUGGACGUGCUUUUGGCAAACCCGACAGUCCCCCAAUCCGCUAGGGUUAGGGAGAUUUGUCUUGGAAUUAUAGGAAAUCUUGCUUGCCAUGAGGUUCUCAUGAGGCACAUAGUUUCUACUAAAGGGCUCGUUGAUGCAAUUGUGGAUCAACUGUUUUUGGACGAUACACAAUGUUUGUGUGAAGCUUGCCGGUUUUUGACAUUGGCUAUUCAAGGUAAUGAAAGCAAUAUUUGGGCAGAGGCUUUGCUCUCUGACCAUGUUAUUCGUCGUCUUCUUUGGAUUGCAGAGAACACCUUGAAUCCACUGCUUAUAGAAAAGUGUGUUGGGCUACUUUUAACGAUCUCAGAAAGUCAACUGGUUGCGCCAAUUCUUCUUCCUCCUUUGGUUGAUAUUGGCCUGCCAAAUAUACUCUUCGAACUUCUGGCUUAUGAGAUGAGCCAACUAACAAGUGAAAAAAGCCCCGAAAGAUACCCUGUGCUCGAUGUAAUUCUCCGAGCAAUUGAGGCAUUGUCUGUGAUGGAUGAUCAUUCUCACAAAAUCUCGUCAAAUAAGGAACUCAUUGGACUUGUUUGUGACCUGGUCAAACUUCCUGAUAAGAUGGAGAUUGCCGAUUCUUGUGUUACUGCAGCAGUUCUGAUGGCAAACAUUAUGUCUGAUGUCACCAACCUAGCUACAGAGAUGUCACAAGAUUUGCCCUUUUUACAGGGUUUGCUUGGUAUACUACCAUUUGCUGCAAAUGACAUAGAAGCACGGAAUGCUCUGUGGAGUAUUAUUGUCCAAUUGUUGGUUCAUAUUAAGGAAAGUGAAACGGGAUUCUCCAGUUUGUAUCAAUAUGUGUCAGUUCUUGCGAGCAAGUGUGAUAUGAUCGAGGAAGAUCUUUUGGACCAUCAAACAGAUUCAUUCAUUAAACAUGGAAGCACUGAUGGUUGUGAGACUAAAUCAAAUGUCAUUAUGGCCCUUGAACGGAUGGCUAGUUUAUUACACCAGUGGAAAACUUUGAAGGAUAAUGCUGACGAGAACAGUUUGUCAGGAAAGCAUCAUGUUGAUGGAUCCUUGGUUGAUAAGUUGCUUCACUGCUGUGAAAGAUAUAUCAACUGCUUGUUCAUGGUAUGUUAAUCCUACCAGGUAAUUGAAGCCUGGAUGUGGCACGCUGGCACUACUAGUACUUGUUCUUCAAUGUUCCACAUGCCACUUUGAUUGUCUGCAAGGAUUUAGCUCUUGCAGACGCAUCCUGAGGGACCAUUUCAACCGAUCUGUCAUCAAAAGAACUUGCCACAUGUACGAGGGUUGCAGAGCAACAUACUUUUCAUCGUGCAUGUUAGAGAUCUCAUUGGACUUGCGGAAACAUUGCUGCAUCCAUCCGAUGAAUUUGAUCAUGAAAACCAUGGAGUGAACUCUGCGCAUUUAGACGUCUGAAAAUCGUUGCCAUCCCAAUGGAAUGUCUAAAGUUCACGUAGACUGAACAUUCGGAGAAGGCAUCUUUUUGCAGUCUGUACUUUCCACGAGGCUAUGGAUGUCUCUCUUACUAUGUCUAGGGCUGCCUGGUUUUGUGGAUAAGCGAUGCAGUAGCAUUCAGUUAAUUGCUUCUCUACCUGGUGGGGACUUGCGAAGUACAUGAGUAGUCUCAAUUCUAAUUGUACGGGGCUUUUGUCAUUGCAACACACAGUGCAUUUAUCUUGUAGUCGUCUCCCAAAGGUAUUUGAGUUGGCGUGUUUGAGCUGCUUCUCCUCAAAAUUUCUUCUUCCUGAGUAUACUCUUCUCUCCUCUGCUUGUUAAUUCGUUCCUGCUUAGUAAUGAUGUUCCCUAUGGUUUGAGAUCAGAGAAUUAGGCAAUCAAGAUGAUACUAUGAAAAAUCCUAUUUUGACUUACCUUCCUACGAUUAUAAAAUCCUACUUAGAAUGUCA